ACGCCACUUAGAAUGUAUCACUUGCCGUAGUGGAUUUAAUAAAACAAAAUGGCAGCUAAGUUCAUCGUCCUUCUUUGCGCAGUAGCGACCGCUCGCGCCGGUGGCCUAUACGGCGCCUCAUACGCUGCACCAGUAGCCGCUUAUGCAUCAGCUCCUCUGUCUUACGCAGCAUCCCCUGUGUACAAGAGCUACGCACCAGCUCUGUCCUACGCCGCCCCAUCAUUGGCUUACUCCGCGCCCGCAUACUCCGCAUACGCCGCCCCCGCAGUUGUGAAGACCGUCGCGCCCGCAGUUUCAUCAGUAUCUUCUUACUCGUCCCACACCUCCCACGGAUCUCCACUCAUAGCUAAGGCGAUCGCCCCAGUUGCUGCUUACUCCGCUGCUCCCGUUGCCGCGUACGCCCCAUCCGUGGCUUACUCUUCACCUUUGAGCUAUGCCCAUGCCGCGCCCGUAGCGACUUACGCUGCCCACGCCGCUCCCGUCGCAGCCUAUGCUGCCCACGCAGCUCCAGUAGCCACUUACGCUGCCCACGCCGCUCCCGUUGCCUACGCCGCAGCCCCAGUACUGAAAUCCGUCUCUUACUCUGCUGCCCCCGCUGUCUCCCACGUGUCAUACAGCGGCCUGUCCCAUAACUACGGCUGGUGAUCGAUUUAAAAUGUACAAAACUAGUUCUUAAAACGAUUUUUGGAUAUUUAUUUUUUACUAUGUAAAAUAAAUCGUAAAAUCUA